AUGUCUUCUCUCAAAGUAACCAUUGACGCUUAUGCCAUCCUGGCCGUUGCCCGCGAUGCCAGCCUUCAGGAAAUCAACGCUGCCUACAAGCGUCUGGCUCUGAAACUCCAUCCUGACCAUGCUGGCAAUACUGAGUCAGCCAAUGAAAAGUUCAGAGAGGUUAAUGAGGCUGUCGAAGUUCUUCGUGACCCCGAGAGCCGGGGCCGGCUUGAUGCCCAGCUGAAUGUAAACCGCAAGAGAGCUCGUGCUCCCGAUGAAUCUUCGUCUUCCAACUGCAACGGUGCGGGACGUGAUGAUACACGACGGGCAAAGAGAGAGCGCCGAUCUGAGCGCCAAUCUCAGAGCCAAUCUCAGAGCCAAUUUGAGCGCACAUGGACCAACCAGCGGUACCACCGUGAAUGCACCUGCAAUCCCCUGCAAAAACCGUACAUGCACAGCUACGGGGCCAGCUGUCCCAAGCACCCUAAUUCGGCCGAAUCCAAGGCCAAGCGUGCGCAACAUGAAAGAAGGAAAGAGCAAUGGGAGAAGGUGCGGGCUGGCUGUGCUCAAGAAGCUAAAACGGCUCGGAAAGAUACUUUCAAGGAGCUUCACAAGGAGAACGUGCGUGCUCGCAAUGAAAACGUUCGGAAUCGCAUGACGCGCGAUAUCAUUCGCUUGAUGGGGGGUAACUGCGGCCAGCAGUUCCAGGAUCUUCUUAGUCGGAUAAUACGCAAAGGCAUUGACGAGAUUGAGGCCAACCAUGAAGAAAAUGCCUGUCGCCCUGAAGAUUCCAAGCGCGGAAAGGUGCCGAGGACAUGGGACACGGCCUAUACAUUUGAUGGCUUUACAUUUACCCAUACAUACGCCAAAGCCAAAUGUACGGCAAGCAGCCCGCGUCCUGCUGAUGGCAGCAGCCAUGGUUAUAGUGCUCGUGGUGCGCCCUCACCUGAGAGCAGCUCUGGCUCAGCUGGCAAUUAUUCCCCUGGCAGCGCGUCUGCAAGCAGCACUUCGAGCGGCAGCACUUCGAGCGGCAGCACUUCGAGCAGCAGCUCACCCCACUCACAUGUUCCUCGACUGCAUUUCUCUGCCACUAAUCCAUUCGAAAACAGCCCCGAGGCAUUCCGGGCUGCCUGUGCGAACAUCUGCUCUGUCACCAAGGAUGUGAGAGAAGCUGUUAAGAACCCGAAUGUCUCUAUGAACGUGGACCCCGAGUCAAUCCGUCCUCUAGUCCCUUAUUUCAACAAGAAGCUCGCCGAUCCCCUCGGACGUUACACCAUGAAGGACUACGAGAAUGAGAUCCACGGUAUCAUGCUAGAGAUGUACUCUGGCUGGCUGGAGGAAAUCCGCCUUUCGACCCCGGGUGCCCACCCUAUUCCGGCUGUUCAGGUCGAUCCGACUGAGUGCCGCCACGCUGGCGUCUGGAAGAAGGAGUUCUGCCACCCCAUGUGCGAGGCCUGCGAGACCUGGAUGCCGCUGUUCACUCUUACUUGCCCAGGGUGCCAAUUCAAGGCUUGCCUGAAGUGCAAGUAUCUGAAGUAUGAGGUGAACCCGUGUGUUGACAUGCCCACUGGUUUCUAG